CUUCCUUUUUCUUUCUCUCUUUCUCUUUCAAUCUCCAUUCUUUCCCCCUCUUAUUUCUUCUCCAAACCCAUCUCUUAGAACCCUAGCCCCCAAAUUCACGGCAACAAGAAAGACAAGUCGGCUCCUUCUUUUCAGUAGACCGUGAUACAACUUCCCUAGCGUGGUGUGGACAAAUCAAAGGAGAUCCACGGUGAUCUCUCACGUGAACGCGAUCUGGAAAGAAGGAGCAACGCUAGUAGCGGUUGCUACACGAAAACGGAAAAUUUCAACAGUAUAUUGGUUAAAUCGUAAAUGGCCUUCAGAGGAAGGGGCCGCGGACGCGGUGGCUUCGGCGGUGGUGGAUUCCGACCGGCAAAGCAAGAGCCUUUGGAACUGUUUCCAGAAAUUGAGGGUUUGGGUACUGCAGAGUAUUCGACUGCUCAAAUUGAGUUGAUAAAAUGGUCUUCGGGUUUGCACAAGUAUUGCAACUCCUCUCCUUAUUAUUAUGAAGAUAGAAGUGAACGCCCUGAGAAAGUAGACAAACCAGACAUAGAAAGAUAUUCGGAUAGGAAUUUGCAUUCAGGAAAGGUUAGACCACCACUCUGGCACUUCAUAAAACUGGAUGCAGAUCAUGUUCCGACCGAGCUAGCUAGAGGUGAGAAGAAGCAAAAGCUUGUUAAGAGAGUUCGAUGGAACCCCGAAUCAGACUUGCAGAAACUGGAUCUCUUUGAGAAGCUUGAACAGAAGCAUCAGGGCCAAGAAGGAACUGAAAAGAAAGAAAAUGAAGAGGAAGAAGAAGAUGGAGGAAAUGAAGAAGAUGAAGGAGAAUUUAGUGAUGAGGGCGAUUAUGAACAGGCUGAAUAUUGUGAUGAUGAUGAAGAUGAUUUCAAUAUGGCUGAUGACAACAAUGAUGAGCCAUUUUAUUGAGUUCUCAUUGUGGGAUUGCGUCACCCAAUUUGGUUCGAGUUGGAUCCUAUCUUGCAUCGGGUACAUUGUUCUAUUCUCCGUUCUCCCUCUCAGGGCAGGCCAACAUCUUUUGACUCUAGUUUAUUUAUUAAAACAAUUCCGAUAGUUGUAUUGCAGUAGUCUUCCGGGUAUAUUAGACGAAAAAGAACAGAAAAUUUUCAAAAA